AUGGACCCGUUCUCCAUUAUAGUUGGGACUGUCGGCCUGGCAGACGUCUCCGUCCGUGUCAUCCGUUAUCUCAGCUCUCUUAAAAGUGCAACCUCCAAAAUCCGAGAUGAAAUCACCAUCUUGGGGCAAGAAAUCGAAGCGCUAGUUGCUGUAAAUGGGUCAGUUGAGGAUUUCUGGCAUUCGAGACAUGAUCUGGAUGGCUUGGACACGCCGGCCAACGAUAGAUUUCAUGCUGGUAAUGUCUGGAAAUGCUUGGGAUCGCUCUUGCAGCAAAGCAAGAGAAUCAUUGAGCAGCUCGAAGUAUUGCUCAAAGAGGUUAUCGGCAAGAAAAACACCCUCGCAGUGGGAAAGCUCGACGGUCUUAGAAAGACGUUCCGGAGAAAAGAUCGAGACGGCGAAUAUAUGCAAAUACGUCAGCGUCUCGCCAAUAACCAAGCCGGUAUCCAGAUGGUAUUGAGUGCACUUAACCUCUCCUACACGCUCAAAUCGCAAUCAGCAACGGAUUGUAUUGUGGACACCCUGCCAGAGAACCGAAGGCAUUUCGAAAUGCCUCAAACCGUCAGUAGUUAUUAUACCGGUCGACAGAAGCAAUUGGAUGAGCUUAAAUCCACGCUCGACCUCGUCAAUUCUGGAGAACCCCAAAGCCACCAAAAGCGCUUUGUCAUCUAUGGGCUUGGGGGGUCUGGGAAAACUCAAUUCUGUUGCAAAUUUGCCCAAGACAAUAGGGAACAUUUCUGGGGUGUCUUUUGGAUCGACGGCAGUUCUUACGAGAACGCGAAACACUCCUUCGCAGGAAUUGCUAAAGUCGGUGGCAUCGAGCCAAACGAAAAAGCGGCAAAAAACUGGCUUUCUAGCUUACAACAACCUUGGCUACUUCUAAUCGACAAUGCCGAUGAUCCCGAAGUCGAUGUGAUACGCUACUUUCCGGGAGGCGAAAGAGGUGUGGUUCUCAUCACCACUCGAAACCCUGCAAACAAGGGAUAUGGAACGGAUGGUUCCCGCUUCUUCCAUUUUGAUAAGCUAGAAACCGAAGAAGCCAGUGACCUCCUUUUGUCGGCUGCCGCUUUCCCGCGUCCUUGGGGAGCACAGACAAGAUCAUACGCCAAUCGAGCAGCCCAAAUCUUAGGAUGUUUGCCUCUCGCGCUCAUCCAUGCCGGAAAAGCCAUCUUGGAAAAUCUGUGUUCUCUAAGUGACUAUCCCGAAUACUACGAACGAACGUGGAAUAAAAUCCGCCGUUCCCGAAUUCGAAGCCCCUUCCAUGGCCAUGAGGAUAAGUAUGCGUUGAAUAUGAGUGUGUAUUCUUCGUAUGAGAUGAUAUAUCUUGGUCUUGAAAGCAAAGCCAACGACCAGGCCCGAGACGCGCUUGAACUGUUGAAGACCUUUUCAUUUUUCUACUGGGAGAACAUCGAGUUUGAUCUCCUGGUAAAUGCAGCAUCGAACCCUCGCCGAGAACGAGAAGACGCAAGAGCCAAACAACGCAUGGCAAAGACAGUAGUGGUCCAUCCAAGACCCAAGACGUGGGCAAAAACAUUUUAUGACUGGGCCGCUUCAGUAAUAGAACCGCUUACGAGACCAAGUAUCAUUCUGCCCGCUGUCCUGCGUGAUGAGGAUGACGACCCAUUUGACGAAGAUCGACUACGUAGCGCGCUGUCUCUUCUGGUCCGCCUUGGCAUGCUAACACUUCAUGAUGACAAUAAUAGUUAUUGGAUGCAUCCAUUGGUCCAUACCUGGGUGCGACAGAGACCCGAGACCAGCACGGCAGAGCAAGCCGUUUGGUGUCAAGCAGCAGUCACCAUAUUGGCACAAUCAAUCUUCUUCCAAGCUCCACGCGCAUAUACGGCGCAGGAUGAGAAGUCAAAGAGACAGAUUUAUCCGCAUGUGGAAAAUGUGCGAAAGUUGCAGGCAGAUAUCAAGAGGCGUUUUGAAGAAAACCAGAGGGCUCCUCAUUGGCCUUGGCCUUUGAGCCUCUUAACGCCUCAGUCAGGCUUUGGGAGAUUACAGGCAACUGAAUAUGCCAAAUUCAGUUUGGUUUACCUUCAUUGCGGGUACUGGACCAAGGCCGAAGAGCUUCAGCUUCAAGUAAAGGACUAUUUAUUUGCAAAGCUACGCCCGGAGUCGGAAUACAGCAUUGCUAUUGCUUUCUUACUAUCCAAGAACUAUGUUUGGCAGAAACGGAAUGAUGAAGCGAGAGUACUACAAUAUCAAGUUUUGGAGUCUGCCAAAAAGCUAUAUGGCCCAAACCACCCUACAACUUUACAGAUCAUGGAUACCCUUGGUGCCACAUGUCUCUUAGGUAGUAGGUACCGAGAGGCCUAUCGGCUGCAUGAAGAAGUUAUUGAAAGUCUAUCGAAGCUGGAGGGCUUCGGCCCAGAUCACGAAGAUACAUGGACCGCGCUGGAUAAUCUUUCCAAGGUCAAGCUUCGCUAUUUCGAACACGAAGCGGCGGUUGACCUGCAACGACAAGCAUAUGAGGGGCUGCAAAAGGCCUUGGGUCCUACUCACGAGAAAAGCUUAGAGGCCAAAGACAAUCUUGCGGCCAUCUACGGGUUUAUGGGUGAGGAGUAUCUUCCACAUGCCCUUCAAAUGAGUGAGGAGGUUACGCAAAUCCGAAUAAAAACACUAGGACGCGAGCACCCUUUUACACUCAAAUCCAAGUUGACUCUCGCAAAGAUCAAGACCGCCAUGAACCAGUUUGAGGAGGCCGAAGAAAUCUUUCUGGAAGGGUUGCCCGUUGCUGAAAGAAACCUGGGUGAAAAUCACCUGGGAACUAUCACAGCUCGCACCUGGCUUGGACAUCUGUACUGGCGCCAAGAGCGGUAUUUAGAGGCGCAGGCCAUCUGGGAAGAUAUAAUUACAAAGCAAAAGUUUGAGCAAACAAAGCGUGCAGAUGGCGGACAUGGGGAUCGUGUUCAAGCAAUGUGGUUCUUAGUCCACUGCUAUGAGGACCAAGGGAAAAUCAAAGAUGCCUUGAAUAUGUGUGAGGAUGUAAUCCAAAUUGUUAGCAACUUUGGCGGAGAAGGACUAGGGCAGCAGCACAAACUCUGGCAAUCUCUGAAGGAAAAGAAGCAGGAGCUGCUGAACCUUAAGGAGCAGGGUCAAAAUAACGGUCUUGUGGAUAGAGGUGUCUCAUCCAGCCACUCGUCGGCAGGUUCUUCAAAAACACGACCCAAGAAAGUGGUUAAAGACUUUACUUUCUAA